AUUUACUGUGUACAAUAUUUCUAUCGUCAUUUUGAAAUAAAUAAAAACAUUCUUCAAGAAAAAUAAAUUUAAAAGUUGGAGUGAUGGAAUAAAAAUCAAUAGUCCGAGACUCGAAUUGUAGUAGCGGGAAGCUAUCUUGGAAGUAACGUUUUGCUGAUAAGCUAAAGGUCAGUGUCUUCGUUCGCUAUCUCAUUCCGCGCUCCGUCGCUCCAAUCUGUCUUCCAUUGUUGGAUCAAAUCUGGAUGAGUUCCCUAAAAUACUGGAUCCUGCUAGCAGUUCGAUUGUUUACGCAUUUUUUCAUUUGACAAUUCAAUCGGAUCGGUCAGCUCAGUUUGGAAGGCUCCUCGCCAUCUAUUGAUAGGAGUAUUCCGAGUUCCAUUGCCAUCAGUAGCCUUAAUUCUCAACAUCAGAAUCAGCCUUUAGUCCAUAGAGGAAGCAGUAACAGUAGCAGCAGAAGCAUUGUGGUUGCCGUUCAUCGCUUCAACAAAUACGAGGAAAUGUUGGACCUGGACACUCGCCCCGUUCCGGACCAGAUCGGUUAUUUGAUCAUGUCCGAGGAUGGUGCCGUGUUGGCUUCCGGGGGAGAGAUGGACAACGAUGAGCGAAGUGCAAACAUCAUCAGUGGGCUGUUGACUCUGACGGAGAGCGUCGAUCCAGCUGUUUUCGGGAAACGAUCGUGCAAGAAGAUAUCGAUAGUGUACGAGGAGCACAGCUACACAAUUUGUCUUUCCAACAAAAAGAUUUACGUUGUCAAGCGACGGAACACAUCGCAACAAAACGGUGGCAAUAGCGACGGCGAUGGAAGAGCAAUUAUGGCCUAAAAUGUGCAAUUUCUUCUGUAAAUAAAUGCAUGCCUCUUUAUA